AUACACGCUGUUUUUGGGAUUUUUCUCUGUUUUUUUUAUUUUUCUUUUUGAAAUAUAUUGAUUAUUGAACAACAACAAUGAGUUCAAUUAAGAAACGUAAACAUCCAAUUGUUGAUAACAGUGAUGAUGAUGAUGACAAUGAUCGUGGCGAAAACAAGUUAAUUCAAAGUUCCAAAAUACGUGAAUCUAAAAAUGGGAAAAAAUCUGCACCUGAACAUGGUAAGAAAAAAAGAAAACGUAUUGUUCUGAUGAUAAGUAGUAGUGAUGAAGAUGAAGAAAAAAAAGAUGAAGUAAUCGAUACAAAAAUUACCGAUUCAAUUAAUGAGAUUAAAAAAGAUGCUAAAAUUCGUGCACGAAAAUUGGCUGCCGGUACCGUCGAUAUAGAAAAUGAUGGUAAAUCAACAUCGAAAAAAACAUCAAAAUCACCAAAAAUUACUCCACCAAAUCAAAGAAAUAAUAUUUUGAAUUAUUUUAAACCUAAAAAUAUUGAUUCGAAUGCCGAAAAACAAGUGAUUAAAAAACAAUCGAAUGAAAAAAUCAUUGAAACAUCGACAAUCAAAGAUGAUGAAGGUUAUACGUAUACCACGGUGAAACCAUAUAAUAAAUCAAGUUUACCGCCAAUAAUGGAUAAACAACAAAAAAGCUCCAAUGAUCAAAUAAAAGAAUCGAAUAAUAAAAAUUCCAAUCACAAAGAUUCGACAAAAAAAUUGGCAGCUAAAACCGAGAACGAUGAUGAUGAUGAUGAUGAAAAUAUGACAGCAAUUAUAAUCAGAAAAUCAUCAAAACAUCAUGAUUCGCCGCAAAAAUCCAAAAAUAAUCAGCUUAACAACAACCAUAACAAUGAAAAAAUUGAUAAAAUCAAAGAAUCACCUUUGAAAAGUAAUAAAUUGUCAAAAGUAGAACCGACGAUGAACGAACGAGAAAAAUCAGAACCAAAAAACUAUGGUGAAAGUCUGCCAAGAAUUGUUGAACAACAAAGAGUUUCCGAAUUAUGGGUUGAUAAAUACAAACCAACCAGUGUGAGACAAAUAAUCGGUCAACAAGGUGAUCGUAGUUCCUUAAAUAAAUUGAUUAAAUGGCUACGAAAUUGGCAUUCGAAUAUGGAUAAAAAACCUGGAUUCGGUAAAUGGGGACCUGAUGAUGGUGCAGGAUUUCGUGCUGCAUUACUUAGUGGUCCACCUGGUAUCGGUAAAACUACUACAGCACAAUUAGUGUGUAAAGAAUUACGAUAUGAUUAUCUGGAAUUGAAUGCAUCGGAUCAACGAAAUAAAAAAUCGUUACAUGAAAAUGUUCGUGAUUUAUUGAAAAAUACAAAAUUGACGGAUUUUUUCAAAUCAACCACCGUUUUUGAUGAUAAAAAAUCUACGGAUAAUGAACAAAAACUUACCGCAAGACAUUGUCUAAUAAUGGAUGAAGUAGAUGGCGUUUCCGGCAAUGAAGAUCGUGGCGGUGUUGCCGAAUUGAUACAGCUAAUCAAAACGACAAUGAUACCAAUCAUUUGUAUAUGUAAUGAUCGUGGUGAUCAAAAAAUGCGUUCAUUAGUUAAUUAUUGUUUUGAUUUACGAUUUCAUAAACCAAAAUUUGAACAAAUAAGAUCAACAUUAUUGUCGAUUGUAUUUAAAGAAAAAUUGAAAAUCGCUUCAGAUGUUUUAGAUGAUUUGAUUGUAUCAUCCAAUUUUGAUAUUCGUCAAUGUAUUCAUAAUCUUUAUUUAUUGGCUACACAAUCAUCAUCAAAAGUUUCGGAAUUGAUCAAACAGCAAGAACGGCCUAUCAAGGAUGUUCGAUUGACACCAUUUGAAGCGAUAAAAAAAGUAUUCAUCACUGGUCGAGAUUAUGCUAUGAUGUCUUUGGAUGAAAAAUCGAAUCUAUUUUUCUGUGAUUAUUCAAUAAUGCCGUUAUUUGUUUAUGAGAAUUAUAUUUCAAUUAAUCUAUCAAGUAAACAACGCAGUGUUGGUAAACAAUUGAAACGUUUAUAUAAAUCAAUCGAUGCUAUAUCCGAAUCGGAUUUAAUUGAAAAAGAAAUUCGUUCAAAUCAAUCAUGGUCAUUAUUACCAUUGCAAGCGAUAUUCUCGACAGUAAUGCCUGGCGCAUAUAUGCGUAGUGAAAAUGGUCUUGGUUUUCCACAAUUUCCACAAUUUAUGGGCAAAUUAUCUACGACAAAUAAAAAUAAUCGUAUCACCGAAGAAUUAGCAUCACAUAUGAAAUUAUCGGUGAAUGGAUCAAAACAAUCGAUCGUAAUGGAUUAUUUGGAACCGAUAAAAACAAUUAUUAUUGAUUCAUUGAAAAAUUUGGAUAAAGAAUCUGCAAUUACGAAUGUAAUCGAUUUAUUGGAACAAUAUUCAUUAACAAAAGAAGAUAUGGAUUCAAUAUUGGAAUUUUCUUUAUGGGCAGGUGAACAGGAUCCAAUGAAAACAAUUGAUUCGAAAAUAAAAGCAGCUUUAACACGUUCUUAUAAUAAAAAAGAUUUUGCAUUACCAUAUGCACGUGAUAAUGAUUAUAGAAAUGUAACUACGAAAUCAAGUGGAAAGAAAGGAAAAGGAAAAAAGAAUAAAAAUGAUUUGGAAUCAUCACAAGAUGAAUCAUCAGUGAAUAAUGAUGAUGAUGAUAAUAAUGAUAAUGGUCUAACAGGAAUUAUGGAUUUUUAUUGAAUACA